AUACUCGACCUCGAAACGCCGUACUCCCGAACCACAUUCCCCAAUCCCAAUCACUGUGCAAUUGGGCUCGAGGGCCAGAGCAUCAGUACCAUUAUCACCGAACGCCAACAUCAGUUGGACACCGUUUUGCACGACAUCUCAAGUUUGCAAACAGUCAUGGAUGGUGUCCACACUCUUCAGCAGCAACUCGUUGAGCAGAAGAACAAGAUCAUCGAAUCCAUCGAUUUGCACAAGAGGCUCGUAUCACCUCUUUGGCGCUUACCAACUGAAGUCCUGUCCCAAAUAUUUUGCCACUGUCUCCUGCAAAUCCCGGAACUCGGCGAAUUGGAGCCACCAUCAAAGCUAACCGUACCUAUGUCGUUGACCAGAAUAUGUCGACGGUGGAGGGAAGUUGUUGUGGACAUGCCCAACUUGUGGCGUGUGCUGUCUGUGAAAGUUGACGACAGAAAUUGGCAGCAGGUAGCCUUCAGCUACGACUCUUGGCUCAAGCGAGCACAGGGACGUCCGCUUUGGUUAAGACUCCAGUUCCACGCAGAUGAUGACUCGACCAAGCUACAAUGCCUUCUUCAGCCUUACACCAAUCAAAUCAAAUCUCUCUCUGUCGAUUUCUAUCGUCUCGGCACACUUAAACCCAAUAUGUUCAAAGGCCUUCUAGCACUUGAGGAAAUAUCCAUGUACUUCGAAGAGGAUAUCCAUGCUUGUGAGAUGCCAAGUUAUAUUGUAGACUCUAUCAUCUCGGGACUACCGUCCACUCUACGCAGUUUCGAUGUAUCAGGCUGGGCACUCGACUUCUACGACUUGUCCAGUUGCGAUCCCGUAUGGACUCAUCUAACAACACUCGGGAUCACAGUGUGGCAAGUAAAAGCUCUUCUCCGCUUGCUCCAGCUAGCUCCCAACUUAUCCUCGUUAACGAUUCGCAUCAUACUCUUCCACAGCAUCCUGAGAGCGUUGCAGCCAUUCACACACGCAAACCUCCAAACCUUACACAUCCGAGUCAGUUAUGACUGUGAUGAUGAUGAGGAGACGCUCGAUUUCUGCAACCUGCUCGAUGCUCUCUCACUCCCCACUCUACGCGUACUUACUGUUCACGGUGUACCAGAGUGGCCUCAUGAGAAGUUCAAGGCAUUCCUGGCACGGUCAGAGUGUUCACUGGAGAGUCUGAUCGUCAGCGGUAGUGUGGUAACAGAUGAGCAGCAAGCGGAAUACGUUGCUCUUGUUCCUUCGUUCCAAUUUGUACCAUACCCUGCACCAUUCAUUACAGGUUUCGCCAUAUGAUGGUCCAUUGUGCUACUCUUUCUGAAGUUACUAUACUCUAUGCUACCACUGCUAUACGUUACUAGCCUAGUAGAAGACUCGUAUCACAAUUUCGAAAGAUGACAUCACUGCACACCAUGCCUUUUU